GAUGUGCCACCUCCCCCAGCACCUCCACCUCCUGCAGGUCAGCAGGCCAACUUCAUGGCAGCAACCGGGACCAUGCCACCAGAUGCCGGCGUUCUAGCAGGUCUGUUCGGCGGAAACCCGUUGUUAGCAGCAAACCCAUUGCUCACAGCCAAUCCGCUAAUUCUAGCGACUUUGGCGAACCCAGUGCAGCCAUCAGCUGCGAUUCAACAGACUGGAGCGACGGCCUCGGAAGAGGUCGACAACAAUCUGAUAGACCCAGACGUGCAGGAGCUGUGUGAUUACUUUCACAUAGAGGAGAGACACGCGCGGCGACUCAGUGAUAUCAUGAAGAAUCGGCAAGAGACCUUUGUGGAGGAUAUGGAACGACUGUACGAUGUGCUGGAGCGUGCAAACAGCCCUGCAGGAUUGUUGGUUGUCAAAAUGCGGGAAAUGGAGGAGGGCACCUUUGUUGGCAAGGUGAAGGCUGACAAGGACCUAGCCGCCGUGUCCAAGAAGUACAAGUUGGAUGAGCAGGCAGAAUCCAAGCUUGCAGACAUCCUGGCGCGGUACGAUGACGCGCGGCGGAAAGAGUAUCUGAUCGAGAUCGAGAGACACCUGGAGGUGUCGAACAGGCCUUCAGCCAUGGCCAUGAUGCUUCUGAGGAAGCUUGGUGAAGGCCAACCGCUGGGCAAGCCAGGGCAAGCCGCACCGGGAAGUUACCUGGACAAUGCUCAGCGUGCGGCGCGCGGGGAAACGGCCCACCGAGGAGGCCGCGAGGAGCGCGGCCGGAAAAGCCCCGACCGAGACCGGCGGGAUCGAGACAAAGACCGGGACCGGGAUCGCGACAGGCGGCGCUCUCGCUCUAGAGACAAGCGAUCCCGCUCCCGAAGGAGAUAG